CGCGUAAUCAUCAUCAUCAUUUUUCGUUUCGAUUUGUUCUUUUUUUUCAUGAUAAUUUCCAAUCCAUUUACAUAUCCAUAACACACAAACACAAAUAAAAAUGGGCCUUUGUAAAUGUCCAAAACGUAAAGUGACCAAUCAAUUUUGUUUCGAACAUCAAGUAAAUGUCUGUGAAUAUUGUAUGAUUGAUGGCCAACAUAGAACGUGUAUCGUUGGACCUUAUUUAAACUGGUUAGAUAAUAGUAGUUAUGAAAAUCUUUGUAAUCUAUGUCGAACUGAUUUAAAUACAAAUCAAUGUGUUAGACUUUGCUGUUAUCAUAUUGUUCAUCUUGAAUGUCUUGACAGAUAUGCCCAACAAUUUCCGCCGAAUACAGCACCGGCCGGUUAUACAUGUCCGAUUUGUUCGAAACCAAUUUUUUCAUUUACAUCUCGUACACCGAUAACUCAACAAUUGGAACAAUUACUUGCCACAUUCGAAUGGGCAAAAGAAGGUAUUAGCCUUUUGAAUAGCGGUGAAAAUUCCCAAUCAUCAUCGGCUAUGAAUGGUCAGGCAAGUUUUUCAUCAUUACUUGAUGAUUCGACUAAAAUUACAAUGCCCUCAUCAUCGAUGACAACAAUCGAAAAUCGUCAAGAAAAUUUACCGCCAAGAAUUCUACAUAAUUCUCUAUAUAAUGCAAAUAAAAUGAAUAAUUAUCAAAUGGCUACCCAACCAAUCAAUGUAAGCAAUGUAACUAGUUUCAUAUCAACAAAUAGUGAUCUAAGUUUUGGUUCAACAUCAUCGAUGAGAUCAAAAUUCGACAAUGAAUCACGUCGACCAUUAUUAUCAAAUGUAAAUGAAAUUGCUGAAGAUAAAUAUCGAACAAAAUCACCGGUUGAAUUUUUUUCACGUUGGUUAAGGUCAAGAUCAACAUACAUAAAAAAUCAGCGUACAAUGUCAAGUUUGAAUAUUUAUAAAAAAUUCAUCAUCUAUGGAUUUAUUCUAUUACUAUUUCUAUUUAUUAUUAUUCAUUAUUUUAUCAAAUAUGGUCGACAAUCGGCCGAUAAUGAUCCAUUUUUAAAUCCUGAAUUUGAUCCAAAUAUUCGUAAUCAUGAUGAUUAAUUUUUUUUGUUUACAAAAUUUAUGAAUAUUUU